AUGAUAUUUUGCGAGGUGAUCAACUGCCUUUGUAAAGUCAAGCUUUUAUUGCUACAGCACAGUAUAGCUUGAGAUCAACAAUCAACAUGAUCAAAAGUGUCGAUUUCUUUGUGCUACUGUUAGUCUUAAUUACACAUUUAUCGGAUGUAAAUGCUGGCUGCCUAGAUAUAGAUUCAGAUUGGAAAUGCAACCCAAGAGAUUAUAGAUCAUGUCCAAAUACGUACAAGUGCUCAAAAAGUGAAGGAUUCAAAUGCUGCCAGUACAAAAUCGAAAAGGAUAUGCCUAAUUGUAAGAAUAUGUGGAUGAAGUAUGAGGAGGUGCCAUGGGGGUGCCGGGGCGGGGGCAGUAGGCCGUGUCCAAGCUCAUAUAAAUGUAGAACAGGACCUGGGAAUCUGUACUCGUUAUGUUGUGAGUACAUAACAUGUGAGCAUCCACCUGGAUACAUCCACCCAAAGGAAGAUGGGAAGUGGUAUGACAUUGAUGGCUGCACAGUAUGUGAAUGCAUAAGUCAAGAUAACCAUCAAUGCAAAUUAACGACAAAAUGCAUGAAAAAACGAACAUGCAAAGCCACAACAAGCCCAAUCACAUUUGCGGAGGAAGGCAAAUGUGUACAAUGUACUUGUGACACUAGCCGUAGAAAAAUGACAUGUGAAGACAUGUGUUGUAAAAACUAUGGUCCAACUAAAAAGUUGACAAAUGAAGAUUGUAAAGAGUGUACAUCAUGCUCUCAAUAUUCUGAAGAUCCUCCAGAGCUACCAAAAGAAGAAGAUUUUCAUGAUUAUCUAGAGUUCCAAAGUACCACAACAAUAGCUCCAACUACUACCACUAUCACUACUACCACUUCAACAGAAACAAAGGCUCCAAUAACAACAAGAGCUACUACAACAACAAGAGAAGCUCCAACCUCAACCACAAUUGAUUCCACAACUAAAACGGAAGAUGAGAUAAUAAUCGAGGACAAUGGGGACUGUAUAAAAUUAUACAGAAGAAUGCAAAGUCCAUGUAGUUGUAAGAAUAAUGAUAAUAUAACAGAAAUAGACGUAGGAGGAAGUUGUUACGAAUGCAUGUGUACCAAGGGAGCUCUAAAAAAUUGUGUCCUAUGUAUAGAACAUACCAGAACAACCUCGGAACACACACCAACCACAGACAUGACUUCAACUAGCUCAGUAAUUGAUACAACAACUGAAACUGUAAGUAAUAGAAGAAUUAAUGACAAGACUGGUGACUGUAUAUAUUCUCAUGAAAUAAUGCUACAGAGACCAUGUCCUUGUGAACAUGAAAAUGAGAAGACAAAAAUAGAAAUAAAUGAAAAUUGUUACAAAUGCCAAUGUACUGAUGGAGUUCUGAAAAACUGUACUCAAUGUCUUUGUGGAAAGAACCAGAAAGGUAUGGACUUCAUGGAUAAUGGAAAAUGUGUAGCAUGUAGAUGUAACAAAGAAAAUAAACAGGCAGAAUGUGUGCAAUGUCCAAAUAAGGAUUCAUCAAAGCUGUGUAAACUCUGCAAAGAAGGAGAAACAGAAGGUAGGAAUCAGCAUCUAACUCUCAAAAAGGCUUCAUUUUUAAUUUCUAUAAUUUUUACAAAUUGUAUUAGAGUAUCUUCCAGAGAGUAAGUCAAAAUAUGAAAUCUAAAAAUAAGGAAGUCAUAUUCUAAAGAGGACACCAUUUGCGAAAAUGCCACAUUUAGAAUUAAUUCAUAUUUCUUUCCCAUAGAGUUAAUCUUUAAAUUAUAGAUGAUCUGUCCACCAGUA